AUGCAGCUUCAGAAUGAAGCAAAAAUGGAGGCUGUCCAGGAGGAAAAAUUUGAAAUUCUGAACCUGGAGCUGAAAUCUGGAGAGAGCUUAAAGCUGAAAGGACAACUUCCAGGAGAAGCCAAAAAUUUCUCCUUCAAUCUGGGCCGCAGCUCCAGUGAUAUAGCGCUACAUUUUAACCCACGUCUGCACGAGAAUACGAUUGUGUGCAACUCCAAGCGCAGCAACAAUUGGGAAUCCGAACAAAGAGAUGGACACAUGUGCUUUUCACCAGGGACAGAUGUCAAGAUCUCAAUCAAAUUCAAUGGAGACAGGUUUGAAGUGAAACUUCCUGAUGGUCAUGAGAUCUCAUUCCCAAAUCGCCAUGGCUAUGAUAAACUCACUUACCUGUCUGUCAAAGGUGACUUCAAGGUCACGUCUUUCAAAUAUGAAUAA